GAGUGGGCUAAGGUCAGAUCUCACUAAACUAUCCCCAAUAUUGCUACCACGCUUACAGACCACAAGAUACGGUAUUAUUGUUCACUCUGAUUGGUCGAGGACCUACAACACCGCCUCUGUCGUACCCUGAUUGGCUUGAUGAAUGCACAGGAAUGCUGCCAUUGGUUUCAACACCUCUACGGUUUUCCCACUGUUUUGUGGCAUUUGCUAAGGAGCUCGGUUGAACUAAAGAAGCUAACGUUAGCUAGAAAACAACACACUAGACUAGGAUAAAGACUUGGAGCCAAAAUGGCAUCAGACUCCCCGCGCAGACCAAGCCGCUGUGCUGGAGGGGUUGUGGUACGAGCACAAGCUGCCACUGAGCAGUCGUAUAUGGAGAGUGUUGUGACCUUCCUCCAAGAUGUGGUCCCUCAGGCAUACACAGGUGCACCCCCAACUGAUGAAAAAGAGAAAAUAGUUUGGGUCAGAUUUGAGAAAGCUGACCUCAAUGAUACGUCCCGCUCCCCAGAGUUCCUGGAGAUGCACAGUGGCAGCAGUGACCCUCCUCUCUGCCUCAUGAUUGGUUACGCCGACGGGAUGCAAAUCUGGAGCAUAUCCCUGGGUGGGGAGGCCCAGGAGCUUUUCUCUGUGCGCCACGGACCUGUGAGAGCUGCCCACAUCCUGCCGGCGCCCCAUAUCAGUCCGCUGAUGAUUGAUGGUUUUGCGGACAAGAGGCCUCUCCUGGGGGUGUGCAAGAGCACUGGGUCCUUGGGGACGAGCCCUCCAUACUGCUGUGUGGACCUGUACUCACUGAGGACAGGGGAGAUGGUCAAGUCCAUCCAGUUCAAGACGCCAAUCUAUGACCUGCACUGCAACAAGAAGAUUCUAGUUGUCGCCCUGCAGGAGAAGAUUGCUGCAUUCGACAGCUGUACCUUCACCAAAAAGUUCUUUGUUACAAGCUGCUUUCCCUGUCCGGGCCCCAACCUAAACCCCAUAGCACUGGGAGGACGCUGGCUAGCCUACGCUGAGAACAAGUUAAUCCGGUGUCACCAGUCUCGAGGCGGUGCCUGCGGGGACAAUGCCCAGUCUUACACAGCUACAGUCAUCAGCGCUGCUAAAACCCUAAAGACUGGUCUCACCAUGGUGGGGAAGGUGGUGACCCAGCUAGCUGGUACUCUACCCACUGGCGCCCCCGACGAGGAGGGUGCUACCCCCCACAGCACCACCCGCCGAAGCCCCCAUGCCCCCGGAGUAAUCACCGUCAUUGACACACACAACGUCGGAGAGGGACAGGUCCUGGUGAGUGAGGACUCAGAUGGAGAGGGAGUGGUGGCCCACUUCCCAGCCCAUGACAAACCCAUAUCCUGCAUGGCAUUCAACCCCAGCGGUAUGCUGCUGGUGACUGCAGACACCCUGGGCCAUGACUUCCAUGUGUUCCAUGUCCUCACACACCCCUGGGCCUCCAACCAGUCUGCUGUCCACCACCUCUACACACUGCACCGCGGAGAGACUGAGGCCAAGGUCCAGGACAUCUGUUUCAGCCAGGACAGUCGCUGGGUGGUGAUCAGCACACUGCGUGGCACCUCCCACGUCUUUCCCAUCAACCCCUAUGGUGGCGCGCCUUGCGCCCGCACACACAUGUCCCCCCGCGUGGUCAACCGCAUGUCUCGCUUCCAGAAGAGUGCAGGGCUGGAGGAGAUAGAGAAUGAACUGAACAGCAAGCAGGCUGGAGGAGGGAGAUGCAGCCCCAUCCCCGGGCUCUCCAGCAGCCCCUCGGGGUCCCCACUACACGCUAAACUCACCAGCCAGGAGUCGUACAACAACUUCGCCAACAACAACAUGGGUAACCCUCGUCUGUCCCCUCUGCCCAGCCUCACCAUAGCGCUGCCCCUGGCACAAAUCAAACAGCCCAUGACCCUGGGCACCAUGACCAAGCGCUCCGGACCUUACCUCUUUGGGGCAGGAUGUUUUGCCAUUAAAACUCCAUGCAAAGCCAAGCCUCCCCCCCAGAUCUCCCCCAGUAAGUCCAGUGGAGGAGAGUUCUGUGUGGCUGCUGUCUUUGCUGCCUCACGCUCCUGGUACAUGACCAACCCCAACAUGAAGAGAGAGAAAGACCAGUCCAGCCGGUCAGUGGUGGAGUCCCUCUACAUCCUCAGUUGCUAUGGCACCCUAGUGGAGCAUGUCCUGGAGCCUCGGCCAAUCAGCACAGCCCAGAAGAUCAGCGAUGACACACCCCUGGAGCUCAACACAUGUCCACGGGCCUGCUGGAGCCUGGCUAGGACUCCACUGUGGAAUGAGCUGCAGCCUCCCUUUCUCUCCAACCACCCUCUGGUGCUGGCCUCUGACCUGGUGCAAUAUUACCAAUACCUCCUGGCUGGAUUGGUGCCCCCUGGAAGCCCGGGUCCUGUCACGCGCCACGAGUCUUACGACAGCCUGACCUCAGACCACAGCGGACAGGAGGACGAGGAGUGGCUCUCACAGGUGGAGAUAGUCACCCACACAGGGCCUCACCGUCGGCUGUGGAUGGGUCCUCAGUUCCAGUUUAAGACCAUCCACCCAUCUGGUCAGACUACGGUCAUCUCCUCCUCCUCCUCCGUGUUGCAGUCCCAGGGCCCCAGCGACAUUCAACAGCCUCUGUUGGACUUCCACACUGAUGACCUGGACCUACACAGUCUCAGGAUCCAGCCGGUGCGUUCUGAGCCGGUCAGCAUGCCUGGUUCCUCUCGGCUGGUGGCUGAACGGAGGGGACAGGGGACGGUCAUUGAUACAGGAUUAGGGACGUUUGACCGCAGUGUGACCCUGCUGGAGGUGUGUGGCAGCUGGCCAGAGAGCUUUGGCCUGCGUCACAUGAGCUCUGUGGAGUCCACUGAGGAGGGGCUGAGAGAGAGGCUGGCUGACGCCAUGUCAGAGUCACCAUCCAGAGACAUAGUGGGCUCGGCUACCGAGCUCCAGAGGGAGGGCAGCAUUGAGACUCUCAGCAACAGCUCUGGUUCCACCAGCGGCUCCAUCCCCCGUAACUUUGAGGGCUACCGCUCUCCACUGCCCACCAACGAGAGCCAGCCCCUCAGCCUCUUCCCCUCCGGAUUCCCCUAGAGGAGACCAGGAGACAGCCUGCCUACCACCCUACAAGACCUUGGGUCAAAUACUAUUUUAAGUCUUUCAAAUGCUUUGAGUGUUUGCUUUUGUCUGCCUGGGGUGCCUGAUGGGAGGGGACUACAUUUUACAACUAUUCUAUUGGUUCCAACUAUUCUAUUGGUUCUAGACAAGCUCAAUAAAGCCCAGAUAAAGUAUUUGAACCCAGGUCUGCUACCUACCAUCCAUCCUACCGCUUCACACAGCACAGCCAGACAGUCCUGAUGUCUUCCGGUCUCUCGCCGUGUUGAUGUUCAUUAGGAUGUUAUUGUGAGCAGUGGUUCCCUUUUCAUGUUCCCUCCUCUCUCUUUCCAAAUCCAGGAACUGUCCAGUGUUACUCCCACCUACCGAUGUGUGUGUCUCUGUCUGUCUGUGUGUGUGUGUGUGUCUCUGUCUGUCUGUCUGUCUGUGUGUGUGUGUGUGUGUGUGUGUCUGUCUGUCUGUCUGUCUGUCUGUCUGUCUGUCUGUCUGUCUGUCUGUCUGUCUGUCUGUCUGUCUGUCUGUCUGUCUGUCUGUGUGCGUGCGUGCGUGUGUGUGUGUGUGGUGAUGUGUCACAUGGCGUGUGUUUCAUUUUGAGUGUGUGAAAAAGUUGAGGUUUAUCUAAUGUAGCUGUAGUUGUUUUACUUCUGAAGAUAACGACCUAGCUCAGCAUGCGCGCUGUAAUGUAUAUUAGCUUUGCUUAUUAAGACCAAAUCACUUCCAUGUAUGGUUUUCUCUUCAUUUGGUAACAUUGAUGGUUUUGGUGGGUAUCUUUUUAGUUUGUUGAGUCGAGUGUCUUCUGAUGAUUUCAUCUUGCUUUGAUUAUGAUUUUCUUUUUCUUUUUUUGCAACAAAAAACAGGUUUGUGCUUUAACAAAAGAAAAGGCUUAUUCCUUACUUGCGUGCACACACACACACCUCAAACACACCCCAAAUUGUGAAUAACUACUUUGCCAGCUUGCUUUUCUUAGUGAAUGGGUCAUUGCUAGUCUUGACCAGACCACAUAGGACUUGAAAUGAAGUGUGAUCUGAUGCACUAGUGAGAACAGAAAGAUAGACUCACCUUUGAGACUUAAAACAGGUUAUAAAUAUUUGGUCACUGAUUUUGUAUUUAGUGUUUGUCAACAUUUUAAUUUUAUAACACGAUACAAUCCUAGUCCUUUGUCUGGGGAAUGGAUGUCUGGUUGACUACACGGGUCUGUUCAGAAAAAUUCUACGUUACAGGACUUUCAGGUAGAAAUACAUUUUAUAGAACAUGUGACUCAUUACAGAUCUAUAUAUUACAUAUUUAUCUGCAAUGUUCGGGAAUGUUUCACCCUACUGAACACAGCCAUGUUCCCGUAAUUCUGCAUGUUGAAUGAGUCGAUGGCUACUGCUGCUUGGUCACUGGACAAUGUAACAUAAAAGAGGCAUGAUGAAUUUAUUCCUUUUAAUACAGAACACAUACUUAUUAAUACAUUUUUACUAAUAUUGGUUUUGUAAAAUACCAAAUCGUUAUUUGCUAUACAUUCAUGUUAAUGAAAUGUAUUGAUGUGUUAUUAUCACCCCUGGAUACUCAAUGAUUUCAUAUAUGCUAAAUAAAUAUUACACCUGCAGAGUCAUUGUUUCAAUCACGUGAACAAAAGUUAUCAGCAAGUGCUUUUGUAAAAUGUAGUGACUUCUCGUUUAAUUUAAUGAAAAUAAAUAAACCACACCAAAGCCA